AUGUACAAACACGUUUCGUUUAGACCAUUAAGUUCAUUUUCCUUUCACUUUUCUUAUGAAUUAUCUAAAGAAGGUAGAAGAAUAAAUCGGCUGAAACCCUGCGACACCGACCCGAAUAAGAAUGGGUUUAAUUGCAGAAUUAGUUUGUCUGUUCACAUCUAUCUAUCUAUCUAUCUAUCUAUCUCAGUCUGUUCACAUCUAUCUAUCUAUCUAUCUCAGUCUGUUCACAUCUAUCUAUCUAUCUAUCUCAGUCUGUUCACAUCUAUCUAUCUAUCUAUCUAUCUAUCUAUCUAUCUCAGUCUGUUCACAUCUAUCUAUCUAUCUAUCUCAGUCUGUUCACAUCUAUCUAUCUAUCUCAGUCUGUUCACAUCUAUCUAUCUAUCUCAGUCUGUUCACAUCUAUCUAUCUAUCUAUCUAUCUAUAUAUCUAUCUCAGUCUGUUCACAUUUAUCUAUCAAUCUAUCUAUCUAUCUUUCUCAUCUUUCACAUCUACCUAUCUAUCUAUCUAUCUCAGUCUUGUUCACAUCUACCUGAUCUAUCUAUCUAUCUCAGUCUGUUCACAUCUACCUAUCUAUCUAUCUAUCUAUCUCAGUCUGUUCACAUCUACCUAUCUAUCUAUCUAUCUCAGUCUGUUCACAUCUACCUAUCUAUCUAUCUAUCUAUCCUCAGUCUGUUCACAUUUAUCUAUCUAUCAAUCUAUCUAUCUCAGUCUGUCAAUCUAAUAUCUAUCUAUCUAUCUAUCUCAGUCUGUUCACAUCUACCUAUCUAUCUAUCUAUCUCAGUCUUGUUUUCAUCUUCUAUCUAUCUAUCUCAGUCUGUUCACAUCUAUCUAUCUAUCUAUCUAUCUAUCUCAGUCUGUUCACACUCAUCUAUCUAUCUAUCUCAGUCUGUUCAUCUAUCUAUCUAUCUCAGUCUGUUCAUCUAUCUAUUUAUCUAUCUUUCUCAAAAUGUACAUUCCUAUCUAUCUAUCUCAGUUACAUCUCUGUUUCUCUAUCUAUCUCAGUCUGUACAUAUCUAUCUAUCUAUCUAUCUCAGUCUGUACAUAUCUAUCUAUCUAUCUAUCUAUCUAUCUCUGUUCAUAUCUAUCUAUCUAAGUCUGUUCAUAUCUAUCUAUCUAUAG